AUGGAUGAAGAAGCCUUUGAAGCAUGGAUUCUUUCUAGUGGAGUUGGUGAUGACACCACAAUAGGAGAAGAAGAGCUGCACUUCGAAGAACAUAUCAAUGCAGAAGAAGAGGAAGAAGAUAAUGAGGUAUGGUACUUCUCUGACCAUGAGUCUGAAAAUGAAGAACAAACAAUGAAUGAGUUAAAUGAAGAUAGGGGUAAUGAGGAAGACAACAAAAAACCAAACUUGCCCAACAACAUACGAAGACAAAUUGUAAUUGAAAUGUUUGCAUCUGCAUCUGAUGAGUUAGUAUUACCAAGGGGACUUUUAACAACACUAAGGCAGAAAUACUCAUGUAGUAGAUCAACUAUGAAUAGGAUAUGGACUCUUGCUAGAAAGCAGAAAAUAGAUGGUGUAGAGGUCAAUGUUGCAAGUAGGAAAAUUGGAAAUUGUGGGAGAAAGGUAAAAUUCACAGAUGAUGAAGCCUUGAGAAGGGUACCUCUAAAGCAAAGGACAACCAUCAGGUCCUUUGCUACGGCCUUAGAAGUUAGCCCCUCAACAGUUUAUAGGUUGUUAAAAAGAGGUAUACUCAGAAGCCAUACAAACUCAAUCAAGCCCAAACUCACACCAAAACACAAGGUAGCAAGAAUGAAAUUUGUGUUGUCUCAAAGCAUACCAAAAUCAAUGAAUGAAUUGCCAAAGUUUAAUCAUCUUUAUAACAUGAUUCAUAUUGAUGAAAAAUGGUUUUUCAUGAGCAAAAUCACACAAAGAUUCUACUUGUUAUCAGAAGAAGAGGACCCAUACAGAGCAUGCCAAUCAAAAGCAUUCAUUACAAAAGUUAUGUUCUUAGCUGCCAUAGCAAGACCAUGGUUAGGGCCAACAGGGGACAUAUUAUGGGAUGGGAAGAUUGGUAUCUUCCCAUUCAUAGAUGAAGUUAGAGCACAAAGGUGGUCAGCUAACAGACCAGCAGGUACAAUUGAAAAGAAGGCAAAGCAAAGUAUUACAAAGGAAACCAUCAGGGAAAUGAUAAUCAACAAGCUUCUGCCAGCAAUUAGAGCAAAAUGGCCAGAGAAUGGGUGCAAAGAGAUAUGGAUUCAGCAGGACAAUGCUAGACCCAUAUCCAACCUAAUGAUGCUGAGUUUUUGGAAGCAUGUAGAGAAGAGCUUUCCAAAAACAGUUGAUGAGUUGAUUAAAAGUGUUGAAGAUGCAUACACAGUGUAUGAGCCUAGGAUAAUCAACUAUACUUGGAUACAUUUGAUGUAUGUUAUGGUGGAGAUAUUGAAGGUCAAGGGUGGAAACAAUUACAAAAACCCACACAAUUCCAAAAAAAAGAUGGACAGAUUGGGUCUACUACCAACUACUGUUGAAAUUUCAGAGGAGUUGGUAAAUGACACAGUUAAUCUACUCAAUCAAGACAUUGUGUUUGGGCCUGAGCCAUUUGAAGCAAUGGAAUUGCUUCCAGAAGAUCAGUAG